CAAUCCCACAGCGUACUAAAGCGUCUCAGCUGCUCAGGCCCUGGAACCACUCCUGAGCUUCUGCCCAAGGACACUGACUUUCAACAGGAUGAAGACUGCAACUUGUUACCUUCUCAUCUUCAUCUCCCUUCUCCAGCUCAUGGUUCCAAUGAAUACUGCGGAGACCUUAGACUCGCUCCUGGAGAAAAAGAUCAAGAAACUUCUCCACUGUGGAGAUGACUGUCCCUUCACUGCGACGAAGUCUUUGUCCUGCACUAGUGUCACGGCUAGAGGCAAACUAGCCUCCUGUCCCGCUGGGAUGGCUGUCACUGGUUGUGCCUGUGGCUAUGGUUGUGGAUCAUGGGAUGUCCAGAAUGGAAAUACCUGCCACUGUCAGUGCUCAGGCAUGGACUGGACCACUGCCCGCUGCUGCCAACUGGCCUGAGAAUGAGGAGGCUGAGAACCUAGUUUCAUCUGCAAAUUUCAU